GUCAGUGACUUGAUUAUUUUUCAGACAAAAUCAACUAAGCGGCGAGCUAGUUUUAUAUAAUUUGUACAUAAAUAAAAUAAUUAGUGUUUCAUAAUAUAAGUAUUUUGAUUCUUUGUUAAAAUGGCAUCGACGCCUGAGACUAAAACAAUAGAAACGGAGAGUUCUACAUCUAAUUCUAGUAUCAUAUAUGAAAUUUUUUAUAGUCCGGUAAAUUUGCUGUUAACUUUGAUUAUUGUUGUAUUGGUGUAUAAAAUAUUUAAAAGCAAGUUUGGAAAAGUGUACGUGGAACCACCGACGCCGGAGCUUCCAAAAAUUAGGAAAGAUAUGACAGUAGCAGAACUUCGGCAAUACGACGGCACACAGCCCGAUGGUCGAGUUCUGGUGGCGGUAAAUGGGUGGAUAUUCGAUGUGACGCGAGGACGCCGCUUUUACGGACCCGGUGGUCCAUAUGCAGUUUUUGGAGGUAAAGAUGCAUCACGAGGCUUAGCUACAUUCUCUGUGACAUCAACAGAUAAAGAGUAUGAUGACCUCAGUGACCUUAAUUCUAUGCAGAUGGAAUCUGUUAAGGAGUGGGAAGCUCAAUUUAGAGAGAAAUAUGACCUCGUUGGUAAAUUACUUAAACCUGGAGAGGAGCCCACGAACUAUUCAGACGAGGAGCCAGAGGAAACCGACAACUCGACCAGCAGUCCCGACGACAAGAAGGACCUGUAAACUUAACGAGUGACUAUAUCAAUGGCUUAACCAAACAUAUAUUAUUAUUGUUGCUAUUUGAAAUCUAAUAAAAAUUAUACAAUAACUUCUUACCAGAGUUCAAACGUAUAUUAAUUGAUUAGAAUAUUAUGAUAGAUGUUCCUGCAUAGUCCGCGCCGUUUGGUCACAACACAAGGGUGACCACACAGAUCCUUAUCCUUCACUGUAUUCUAUGUCACGUUGGACGUGUCGUUGGCUUUUUUCCUGUAUCUAUUUAACCUUUGGGAUAGUAGAUAUAAGGCCGCAGAACUCGAGGUUCUGAGUUCGAAUGCAAUAAAUUGUUUGGUCGUUCUAUCGAGAUGUUCCCAGAAGACUGCUGACUGACGACAAGUAAACCAUGUUUGAUUCAUGAACUCAACCAAUAAUACAAUUGUUUGGUUAAGCCUGUAUGGAAUUACUUAAUUUUAUUUUCACAUAAAAUUGAAACAAGAUUUCUACACUUGUUCCGUCCUGCUAGGAUACAAACGGUAAUUCAAAAAUUGUAAACAAUAUAAUGCUUCUAAUUUUAAAUACAACCCAAUUACAGAUUAAAUAUGAAUAAUAUAUCGUACUAAACAUGAAAUAUGUAGUUGAUUGAAUACUCUACAUUUGAAUCGUAUAAUAGAGUUUCUGUGGGAAAUAAAAUGGCAACCCGAAACAGAAUCUUGAGCAAAAUAUUUUAAUACGUCUCAUUUAUGAAGUAAGGUACAAAUAAAAUCAUAUUAUUUCGUAUAAAGUAUAUGUGAGUGGUAGAAAUAUCGAAAUUAAAACGUAUUUUUGUAAUAGUUCACUUUUGUAAUCAAUUCCCUCGAAAAAUAUGAUAGCUUCACGGUUACUUUAAAUGUGUAUAAGUACUAACACACUUGCUUAUUUUAUAAACAUCUCUCUUCGACCUCGACCCGUUACUAGUAAACGUGCCACUGCAGGCGCAUUUUUUUUUAAAUAUCGUGUUUGCAAGGCUCAGGGCAAACCGAAAAUGUAUAGGAUUGUGAUCAGACCGUGACGUUUCCUUGAAAAAUAAUAAAAACUUUAAAUUUAAUUAUAUGCAAUAGUCGAGUUUAUUUUAAAAAUACUUUAUACUGGCAAAUUGUAGAAUUUCUCUGAAAUAAAAAUUAAGUUAUUUCUUAUUUUGGCUUUGUGAAAACUUUCUAGAAACAAAAAUUCUACCUCUCGACCCUUAUGUGAGGUAAGAUGAGUCUGUCUUUUGUUCGAGGCAAUAAAAUCUCGACGCUGUUCGAGGUCAUAUAGAGGUUAGACUAAACAGAGAGAAAAACGAAAUUAAAAAAAAACUUAUUUAAAUAUGAUAAAAUGAACAAAUUAUAUGAACUUUUAAUUCGUUGUACGUAUCGUUUAGCUUAAUAAUUAUAAAUUAAUUAAUAAAAUAGCAAUUUUUGAUUUGCCGCUUUGUUCACACAGCAGGUUAUAUGACGCUUUAUUUUAACAUUAAAAAUACAUAUAUUUCUCGCCUUGUAUAGACGUCGGUUGCUAAGGUUUCAUGUUUAAAGUAUAUAAUGAUGUUUACAAAGUAAGAUCUUUUUAUAUAUGUGAUAUAAAUAACCGAUAAUGCUGUAUAUAUAAUUGUUAGAAAAAUUAUUUUUACACUUUACAUACAAUAUAUACGUAAUUGAUGUCGUCAAAAGAAAUAUAAAUAAAUUAAAAUCGUUUUUAUUUUAUAACAUAACGGACCUUUAAAGACAAAUUAAAGUUAAACAGCGAGAUGUUUUUUUUUUUAAAUUAAACUAUUAAUUUGACAACAGGAGUAUAUGUAAACUAGACAUAAUUUUCGAAAUGAAAUUUAAUUAUAUUAUAAUGGUUUGAGUCAUUAGAUUUUGAUAAGUACUGGUUUGACUUUAAAGGUUCGAGAAUCGUUAAACAACAAUGUAAGACAUGAGGCCUCAGUGACCAUUUUAAAUGAAAUGUAUUAUACUAAAAAAUGUUGUUGCAAAAUAAUACUAUAUAUUAUGUAUACCGCGAACGUGUAUUUACAAAUAUAUAUAUAAAUUGAAAGACUGAAAUGGAAUUAGGUUGAUAACAUCGAGGGAUAUGAACAUAAAUUGUAAAUUGCACAUUCCUAGUUCAAUCGGUAAAUAAAUAAAGUUGUAUCAACUUGCAUACAUCUUCCUUUGUUGUUUUAUUAGUGGCGAUUUAUUUGUACACAAUGUCUUAACUUGCUUGACGGUACUUAUCUCUUUUUAGGUAUUUUUUAUUUAUUUAUUAAUCAUUAACCUUUUUAAAAAGCAGGUUUUAUUUUAACUAUGUAUUAAAAACAAUAAGUUCAGUGUUGCCAGCGUCAAAAAUGUGUGUAAAAACUCAAUAGGUUGGAUAAUUUAAGUUCAAUUUCAUGAUUUGACACAAAAAUAAAUGCAAGUAAAAAAGUCAAAUUAGUUAAGAAAUAGCUUACAAAAUAUUUAGCGCCAAUGUUUCGCAUUUAUUGUGUUUUUUUUAAUAUCCCGUUUACAUUCAGCUCAUUUACAUGGUUGUGCAACUGCACCGUCGAAUGCAUUGCGUUUAUAUACUCGCGUUGUCUACUCCCAUCCCCACUCUCCUUGUUGCCGUGUUAAUGGGUGAAAUGUUAAUUUGAUAUUAAAUAUAUCGUUACGGGAUGUUUUGCUGAAUGAACUUUAUCUACAAGAUUCACACGAUUAUUGGUACUUAAAUAUGACAAGAUGUGCAUAAUAAAAUAUCGUUUAUUGUUGAUAAUUAAACAAGAAAAAACUCGGCGUUCACUUGUAUGAUUUUUAUACGAUUUUGUUUUUCCCUUGAAUUGUGUGAAUGAAUGAAGCAAAUUAUAGAAUUUUCUUGUAAUUGUUUUCAUUUAUUUUGUAUACAAUGCGACUUGUUCAAUGUUGUAGUUUGUAUUUAUUGUUUUUCUUUUAAGCGUUAAGAUGUGUCGUGUGCAAGUAAUUAAGUUGUGUUUGGGGUUAUGAAAAUUAACUAUUGUUAUAUGUAGCUAUUUAUAUAAGCUUCGUUUUAAGUUUGGGAAACUCUCUUAAUAUACGUUUUUAACACUA